GGGCACGGAGAGCGGAGACUUCCUGAGAGGCGAGUGCCGACUUCCUGGGCACGGCAGGAGAGAGAGCGGGCAGAGCCCAUGUGCAGCGCAGAGCCGGCGGCGCUGGGCUCCAGGGGAGGAAGCCGCCGGCCGCUGAGUCCGAGGCCGCGAUGUGUCAGCAGUGCCGAAAACUGCCUUAUUAGGAGAGAAACUACCGGCGAAAAUCAGUUCUUUGCUCAAAGCCGUUGCUCCGAGCCGAGGGCUGCCUGUGAGUGCCAGCCUGCGCUCAUUCCUCAGGGAAUGACGAGACAUGAGCUCAGCAGCGUGGCCGAGAGGGACCUGAUGGCACAGCCCGAGCCCCCUCCAGAGCUGCAGCUGGAUGAAGCCAGAGCACCCCCAGCCCCACAGGGAGCAGCUGAAGGAGCUGCUCCACACCCAGAACGUCCUCACAGCCCACUGGAUCCAGCAGGGAAUGGAUCCAAGCCCCUGCAGAGGGGCAGCCCAGACUCCAGGCAGGAGCUGCAGGCUGCCAGCAGAGAUCCUUCCUUGGAGAUAAACACACCAGGAACUCAGCUGGAUGAGGGUGCAGCCAGGGCUGGGAUCCCGCUGGACGUGGAUGCAGAUGGGACAGGAAUCCCACUGGCCAUGGAUGCAGACGGGGUAGAGAUUCCACUGGACAUGGAUGAAGGUGGGACAGGGAUCCCGGUGGAUGAGGAUACAGCAGGAAUUCCGCUGGACGUGGAUGAAGGUGGGACAGGGAUCCCAGUGGAUGAGGAUACAGCAGGAAUUCCACUGGAUGUGGAUGAAGGUGGGACAGGGAUCCCAGUGGAUGAGGAUACAACAGGAAUUCCACUGGACAUGGAUGAAGGUGGGACAGGGAUCCCAGUGCAUGAGGAUACAGCAGGAAUUCCGCUGGACGUGGAUGAAGGUGGGACAGGGAUCCCGCUGGCCAUGGACACAGACAGGGCAGGGAUCCCAGACACUGCAGAUGGGGCAGGGAUCCCGCUGGACAUGGACACAGAGGGAGCAGGCGGCCCUCUGGAUGCUGAUGCCACAGAGCACCAGUGCCUGACCCUGGAAGAGCUGGGGAAUUAUUUCCAGGAGUGCAUCGAGGUGGUGGAGCAGCUGGAGAGGGAGAGGGACAGCCUGAUCGCCGAGCUGGCCCAGCUGCGCGAGCCGGCGCUGCAGGAGAUCCGCCAUGCCCACGAGGAGAUCCAGGCAGCCUGCAGGCUGCUGGCCAAAGUGGAGCUGGAGAGGGACAACCUGCGGGAUGAGAUCCGCCAGAUCAAGCAGAAACUCUUCAAGGUGACCAAGGAAUGCGUGGCCUGCCAGUACCAGCUGGAGAGCCGGCGGCACGACCUCUCCCAGCACGCCGCCUACCAGGGCGAGCUGCAGAGCCAGGCGGGGCAGCUCUCGGGGGAGCUGUCCCAGCUGAAGGAGACCUGCGAGAAGGAGAAGGAAGUUUUGAGGCAGCGCCUGGAGGCUCCUCCCUGCCGGCAGGACAACCUGUACCUGCAGGAGAGCCGCAGGCUGUCCCUGGAGUUCGAGAGCUUCGUGGCCCAGAGCCGGCGGGGGCUGGAGGAGCACUACGAGCCACAGCUGCUGCGGCUGCUGGAGCGGCGCGAGGCCGGGGCCAAGGCUCUGCAGGAGAUGCAGGGGGAGAUCCAGGGCAUGAAGGAAGCCCUGAGGCCCUUGCAGGGCGAGGUCAGCCGGCUGAGGCUGCAGAACCGCAGCCUGGAGGAGCAGAUCGUGCUGGUCAAGCAGAAGAGGGAUGAGGAGGUCGGGCAGUACCGGGAGCAGGUGGAGGAGCUGGAGGACAGGCUGAAGGAGCUCAAGAACGGGGUCCAGCUCCAGCAGCGCAAGAACCAGGAGCUGGAGGAGCUCAGGACCAGCCUCCAUCGGGAGCUCUCCAUCUACAAGAGCUGCUUAGAAAUCUACGGCCACCUCUGCAAAUCGGAGGAAAAAGCAGAGCAGGACUCUUAGAACCACAGAAUUUUCCUCUUUGUAGCAAAAAGCAGUGGACAGAGGAUCCAAGGGAUGUCUCCUCAUGCUGCUUUACCCUGCCUGAUGUGCAGCAGCUGCCUGGAGCUGGGAAUACCAAUCCUUUCCCUGGGUGUUUCCCCAGGUGCUGCUGCUGCUCUUGUAGUAAAAGUGCUUUUCCCCAGAGGAGCAGAGCAAUCUUUGUACUGAACAAAGGAUAUGGAUGAGGAAUAACUGAUUGAUGUUUUGCUGUGUUUGGGAAAAUGUUGUCUUGUUCAAGCCUGCACAGAAAGUUCUGGAAGCUGGUGUUAGGGGGGGUUUGACUUUUAAAGUUUACAUGCAAGAGAAGCUUUCUCCUUUGAAGAGGAUUUUCUUUUGUAUUUCAAAGAGUUUCUGCUGUACUGGGACAUGCUCCACAGAAAUGAGGUGGUGGGGAAGAGGUUUCCACUUUAUAUCGAGUCUCACACUGAAAAUAAAAGGUCAGAGUUUAAGGAGCCUUUUCACUCUCAGAGUGUCUCAAAGGCCCAAAUUUGUCUGUCAAACUGAGGUGUUUGUGUCAAAAUCAUGCUGCAGGAUGAUAAAAAACACUUGUGGAAAGGGCUUAAGGCAGAGUUCAAGUGCAGAAAGCAGCAGGGCUUGAGGGGAAAAACAAUUGUUUGAGUGCUCAUUAAUUUAUUUCACAAAGCAGCAGAAAUGAGAGGGGGAGAAAUAUCCAAUUUGAUGUCUUAAAAAUUACCUCAUGCACACACAUAGGCAGAGACCGCUCUGAAAAUACCCUCAACAAAGCAGUAAAUGCAGAAAGAGCACAAAACUCCUCAAACUUGGCAGCAUUUAUGUAGAAAAACUUUAUUCCAGCUGAAGAACUUACACUCAAAUUAGUCACGAGGAGAUGGAGAGAACAGGCUGCUGGUGGCACUGGACACCCGAGUGGAAGACGUGCAGGACCUUGUGGUCAAGGACUAAACUCCUAAAAAAAGUGAGUUUAUCCACAAUUCAUUUGUUUUCCACCAGCUGCCAAGGCUGCUGAGGGGUCACCCGUUGGUACAAACAAACACCUUUUACGACUUGAGGGCUCCCCCAAGUUUUCCAAAACCAUUUCACAGAAAGGAAAGAAACAUUAUGUGAAAACACAGCUCAAGAAACGCACAACAGAGCAAAAAAAAUGGGAGGUGAGAGAGGCUCUGCAGGAAUAGCUAAAACCAAAUUGCUGGCACCCAGCAGGAGGGAGGAAAGGGAAAGGAAGGAAGGAAUGAAAAACCCAGAAGUGCCAGGAGAGACAAAAAAAAAAAAAAAAAAAAAAAAAAAAAAAAAAAAGGAAAAA